UCAGAUUGAAAGGAGAAGGCUGAAGAGAAAUGCAUUUUCCUUUCGUUUUGGAUGGGGAAUAGGGAGUUUUGGUCGGUUUUGUGAUUGGAAUUAGGAAGGAGUGAAAUCGGAAAGAAAACGAUAAUAGUGCAUGCAAUUUGGCAACAAUGAUAGUCCUAUGACAAGAAUUGGUAUUGUUCGCUUUCUGAACUAUACCGUGAGACCGUCCUCAGGUUGAUUGAUUUCAUCUUCUUCAUCAAGACAAAUGGAUGCACAAGAGUGGAAAGAGGUUUUCAGCUUUAUUUGCAGUGUGGAAUUCUGGAGGAUGGGCGUGUUAUGGACACUCUCACUCAUCUACUCCUACUUUCAAUUGUUUCGGCAAACCCUUUUCUCCGCCAAAUCCAAAUCCAAACCCUAUUCUCCUCGCUGCUCUCCCUCAUCCAUAGCCACAAGAAGGCCAAUCUGCAUAGUCACCGGCGCCACGUCUGGUUUGGGUGCAGCAGCUGCGUGUGCUCUUUCAAGAGAGGGAUAUUAUGUUGUUCUUGUUGGAAGAUCAUUGGACUUGUUAUCAAAGAUUGCAUCUGAUAUUAAAGAACAAAGUGGAGAUGCUUGUGUUAAAGCUUUCCAGGUUGAUUUAUCAUCUUUCAAGUCAAUCUGGAACUUUAAGAGGGAAUUUCAGCAGUGGCUAUCAGAUAUGAAUAUGCAUUGUUCAGUUCAACUUCUAAUAAAUAAUGCUGGAAUCCUGGCAACAAGGAGCAGGGUAACUACAGAAGGCUGUGAUAAGAUUAUGGCGACUAAUUAUGUUGGUGCCUUUUGUUUAACUAAAAUUCUUCUGCCGCUACUCCAGAACAGUCCUAUUCCUUCUCGUGUUGUUAAUGUCACAUCAUUCACACAUCGGAGUGUAUCUAGCAUGAAGAUCAAUAAAGAAACCAUUUCUGGGAAGUGUUUUUCUGGAUCAAGAAUUUAUCCUUUUGCUCAUGUAUAUGAGUAUUCUAAAUUGUGCCUACUUCUUUUCUCUUAUGAGCUUCAUCGGCAAGUUAAACUAGUGGAGCAAUCCAGUCAAGUCUCUGUGAUUGCUGUGGAUCCUGGAACAGUGAAAACAAAUAUUAUGCGAGAAUUUCCUAAAUGCAUCUCUCAGCUGGCUUUUUUCACUUUGAGGCUUUUGGGGCUUCUGCAGUCAUCUGAAGAAGGGGUCUGUUCCAUUCUUGAUGCUGCACUUGCACCUCCAGAAAUAUCAGGGGUUUAUUUCUUUGGAGGAAACGGUAGAACACUCAAAUCUUCCCCCCUUUCUUACAAUUCAAAACUUGCCAAGGACCUCUGGGAAGCUUCCUCUGACCUUUUCAUAGAACUGCAACUGGCCUCUGGACAUACAACUUGAACCAACAUACACAUCAUAUUGAGAAAUCGGGGGGAGUAUCGAAAUCUUGACCCCCAUCUCUACAAUAGCUCACCUUGAUAGUUAUAAGGAGGGCCAUCGAUAUUCUGUGUAUACCCUUGGAGAGCAUAUUUUAUCUGAUGAAUUUGAAGUUUUAUGAACCCUAGAUGAUCAUAAUUCUCAAGCUAAAACUUUGUACUCUGGAAAAUAUAGUUCUAGACUAGACUAACAAAAUUUUAUGUGCCAUAGGAAAGUCUCCUUGAAAACCUGCUUUGCCCUAUUUCUUGGGUUUCAUCCUCCAUUUUAUUGAUGUUUAUGACCAUGAGGGUUAUUGAUUUUAAUGAUUGCAAGUGUUUUAUA